AUGUCCUCCUCUGACAUUGAUUUCGUAACCGGAUUCGCACGAGGCUCGCAAGACAAAACUGAGGAAGAUUUCAGCCUCUGCUACGCGUAUCCGGUGAUCGACGACGAUCGGAAAACGGACGAAGUACUUACGACGAGUAAGAGAACCGUGCGAGUGUCGGACAGGAAAGACCGAGAUAAAAACACGUCGGUCGAGGACGGACUUUACGUCCCCGAGAAUCCAUUCACCGACAAGAUAGUCAAGCCUUACCGGCUCGACGACGUUAAAUCGCUAGACUUCGAGUCGCAGCCGCGGUUUCGCGGGAAACUAAUCGAGAUCGCCGUGCGGGACGUCCGCGUUCACGCGCCGCGCGAGGAAGAACGGCAAGAUCGGCCCGGGACGGUCCCCGAGAUCGUCUCGGUCUCCUUGCUUUUCGGCGGGAAGCUGAUAUUCACGACGAACGGUCCGUUCAAUCGGAAGCUGUACAAAUUGUUGAUGCGAAAUGCGGAAUGCCACGGUCUCUUGAUACAGGUGCACGCACGACACGGGGUGUCCAGCGUGCUGCCGUUACCGUUGCCGCAGCGCAGCGUCAGGGACCACAAAGUGGAGAUUGAUUUCGCGAUCAGCGGCAGCUCGGGUAGAAUGUACGCCGGGACUGUCGUCUGCACCGUCUCCCUGUGGGAGACGGACGGCAGCAGCGAGGCGGAGGAGAGCAACGCGUAUCUUUACAGGCCGAGCAACGAUCCGAACGAUCCGCAGAACAGCCUCUCCUUAUCGCGGCCUCGCAGACGCUCCGCCAGCAGGAAAGACGCCAAGUACUUUCUGCUGGCGGACCCAGCUCUGGCUAUCAACGCGGACGUCGUCGGCGUGACUCGCAAAGCGUCGUCGUCGCGCGAAUCGAAACCGCCGGACAUCGUCGUGACCGAGCAGUCGGCGUUCUCCCUGCUGGACGUGUCCCUGAAGAAUUUGUUCCAGGCUAGCCGGCCGCUCAGGCCGUCGUCCAGCGGUCGCAGGCAUCACACCGCAGGGAGAACGAUCCUCGCCGUGACGAUCCUGCGAGGGGUGGAGGUGCCGGUGAGGGAGGAAUCGGCGCUGGUCGCUCCUCUGUUGGAGGUCGAAUGGGGCAACGUCGUUCACGCGACCGCAACGGCGGACGGGCCGGCGCCGAUUUGGCAACAGACCAUGCACUUCGAGUUGCCGAGGCAGAACGGCGAACACCACGUGAAAUUCCGCCUGUACGAUCAGCAUCCCGUCUGGGGUCAGCAAUGGCUGGGCGAGGCGAGGAUACCUCUGGAGAGUCACAGGAAUUAUCAGGAACUCGAACGCUGGGUCGGCCUGUCCCCUCUCUUUAGCCCCGUACUGUCGUUCGGCUACGUGCAGGCCAGUCCGGGUCACUCGCACACCCGGAUCUACGUGUUGAUGAAGAUGGAGCAGCCCAGCAAUGCCAAGUCUUUGGAAGCUAACGCCAUCGAUGCUUUGUUAAAGGGGAUCCAACGCUGCCUGGCGACGUCUUACAGAAUAGCCGGUGUAGAGACCCCCGACGACGCUGCACGGCUCACCAUGCUUCUGCCGUCCUUGCCAAUGCACUACGGCCCGGUCCCGCCGCGCCAGGCUUUAAACGUGAACAAGGUGGAUCACUACGGCAGAGCGGCUUUGCUAGCAACGUUGCUGCAAGGUUUCGGUUUGCAGUCGUAUGUGUUGUUAGGUUCCUCACAAAUAAGCCGAUGGACCGCAUUUGUUUUAAGCAUUGAGAAAAACGACAUCGUUCUGUGGGAUCCCGAGAUCGGGGAUCAUUAUAAAUUGAGUGACAGUCGCUGUUCGUUGAUGAAAGUGUCUCGCUUGAUUAAUCACUCUGGCAUAUGGGAGAAUAUGCAGAAGUCUAUUCUGCCUCACAAUUUAAGAUACGACGUAACGAUUAGUAAAGAUUGGCGGCCACUUGUGUCCGUCGCCAGCAGUCGAUCUGUUCACACAUCGGAACCAACAGUGAUACAGAUAACCGAGGAAGACGCGCAGGAAAAGGAAAGUGCGCUCGAAAUGGAGCAAUAUUUGCGAGAUAAAUUGUCCGGCUGGCGUAGCGCUCUUGGUUUAACAACAAUAUUUAAUCGUCACGCGGUCAACGUUCUGCGAAGCUUUGUCUCCGACAUUCCAAACGACAUGACGCGUCAAGUGGACAAGAGGGACCUGAAACAAUUGUACAGAGCUUAUCACACGCAUGGUUUCCUGCUGAACCUGCGUCAGACUGCCCUUGAUGAACUGGUUGAGCAAAUAGCCGCUACGAAGAUUCACAAUAUCACGGGUCCCGUCGAAUUUGCCCUCGUUUGUCAUGUACAACGGUACAUUGGCAAAACCUGCUCGAUAUGGUUGACUCUAGCAAUUUUGCGUAGCCGUGGUUAA